AUGAGCGAAACCAAGUCUGUCGCCGUUGUUGGUGCUGGAAUUUUUGGUCUCUCGUUGGCCGUUGCGCUACGCGAAAAGGGUUACGUUGUCACUGUCUUUGAUCGCCACCCAUUUGAUGAGACAGAGUAUGAUCCUGAUGCCGACGAAAGUUUUCGCGCUUCGUACGGCACAAAGCUGCACUACCAGCGUCUGGCAUUGGAGAGCCGUGAAGAAUGGGUUGCCAUCAACAAGUCUUCAGGCGCGGACCUGUUCGUCCCUAGCGGCAUGCUACGUGUGCAGCCAGGAGAUAAGCUUGGCGCCUUGGAAAAGGAGACUCUCGCCAGCAUGAAACGAGAUGGUAUCCGACAGACUCAGUUUGUGAAGAGCCUCGAGGAAGAUCGAGAACGUGCCAAGGCGGAAGGCUGGGACGCCAAGCUUCUAGAGUUUCCUAUUCCGGACAGCGACGAUGGUCGAACCUACGAAGCAGUGCUGGACUCUCUUGGUGGAUUCAUGCGCUGCUCUAAUGCAUGUCUACAUUUCCAUAAGCUCGCUGUUUUGAAAGGCGUCAAAUUUUUAUUCGGUAACGAACAUGGUGCAGUUGAGUCCAUCCUGGAAGAGAUGGUAGGUGGCAAGAAGAAGGCCGUUGGAGUCAGGACCAAAGACUGCGCCAUCCACAAGACAGAUAUAGUAGCCGUUGCAGGUGGCUCUUUGACAACGCAGCUCAUCCCCGAGCUGUCGACACACCUUGAAUCAUCUGGCGGCAGUCUUGCCACUUUCAAGAUUGACAAGGAGAACAAGAUGCUUUGGGACAAGUACUCUCCCGAAAAAUUUCCCGUCAUAACGUGGAAGAGCACACCUCGAAACAAGACUGGAAAGGAUACUGGCAGUGUCUAUGUGCUCCCCAGAACUCCUGAUGGUCUGGUCAAAAUUGGCUUCCGAGGAAUCAAGUUUACAAACUUUCAGCCCGCGCCUAGAGGCGUUCCAUUCUUGCAGGACGGCAAGUGGUCUAUUCCAAUGUCACCCAAAGAUUCCUGCACCAUCCCCGAGGCCGCUGUAGACUCGAUUCGACAAUUUGUAAAAAUAUUCCUACCAGACUUUGACCAAACUCCGUUCCACUCGACCAAGCUCUGCUGGUAUACAGAUUCUCUGGACAAUUCUUUCGUAAUUGACCAUGUCCCGACUUACACGGACAAUUCACUCUUUGUCUGCACGGGUGGCAGUGGCCAUGGUGCCAAGUUUUUGCCCGUUCUCGGAAAGCAUGCCGCGGAUAUUUUGCAAAACGGUGACGAGGCUACGAGCUUCUUGCGCCCAUUCUGGCGCUGGCGGCCAGAUGCUCCACGCCGCAACGGGCUUGAAGAGGGCCCUGAUGGCCCGAGAAACAUUGGUCAGGCUCGAGUAGAGUAG